CAAAGCCUUGGCUGCCAACCAGGUAAUCCUCCCUGUGAUUGAGGGUUGAAGGCUUUCUCUGAACAUCUGUUUUCUUCUGCCAGCUAUCAACCAGCAUUAAAGACUUCAAUGUUGGAACCACUUGAUUUGAUUUUUUAACCACAGAACGCCCAUCGCCGCCUCAUGCGUGAAAAAGCUUGCCUUGGACGCCCUCUGCUGGCUCUCUUGAGUAAUUGUAGCCUGCUACAGACAGGCCCAGAAGGCCUUGCAGAUUUUCAGCUCUAGGUCACCGAGGAAUUUCAGAGAAACACUCACAAGGUCUCUAAGAUCCUUGCAGCAGACGUGUCCUCGGGGGAAGAGGACGAUGGCUUCCAAAAGAAUGCGGCUUCUCCUACUGCUCAGCUAUGUGGCCAGCCCUGAAGUCCUGGGUGAUAUCAUCAUGAGACCCAGCUAUGCCAACGAUGGUUUUACUACAGGUCCAAUAACUGGAAACUUCUGGAAGCUGAGGAACUGGCCUCUGAGGCAGCCGUGGCAGUGGAUCAAAGGGGCCACCUAUCUGGACAGAGCCUGUGCCAGCAAGCUGGAGCAUGGGGGCAAGCACUGUACACAGCUGAGCUCCAGCAACAACUUUUUAACUUGGAAUGACCAUGAACGCCGCCAACGCCAACACUUCCUGUGAAGGCAUGGGCCAUAGAGCGUGGAUCAGGAUGGACACCCCUUCUCGCAUGGUCCCUCUGCUUUCCCUCCUCUGCCAAAUUGGCUGAGUUUGACCAUUAUCUCAGAGAGGAAACCUAGCAGUUAAGAGCCAUAGGCCUUAAUUGCACUGACUAUUUUUAGGCUCAGAGACAGAGAUGUUAGCCUGGGUAUAACAGUGACUUCAUACUCUGUUCAUCCCACAAUCCCUGUCUGCAGUGCUCUCUUGUCCUGAUCCCCUCUCUCCCACUGUCUUGAGCAGUCUAGGAGAGUGAGACACUCCCCAACCCAG